AUGGAUCAGAUCCAAACCCAUCCCUCCAACGCCGCGCAGGCGAAGACCUUCAUCGCUCCCGGUUCGCUGUCGUUCCCAGGUGGCGCUGGUGAACUCACUCCUCCCUCGUCCGAGGCGGAUAAGCAGAACGCGCAGAAGGUCAACGGCGGCCAGCAGCAGGGUGCGCAGGCCUCAAGUGGCAACGGGGUGACUCCCGCGACUCCUGCUGCGACCCCGGGCGCAACUCAAGGCGCGAGUGGUAUUGUUCCUACCUUGCAAAACAUCGUUGCCACGGUCAAUCUCGAUUGCCGCUUGGACCUCAAGACGAUCGCCCUGCAUGCGAGAAAUGCUGAAUACAAUCCAAAGCGUUUCGCGGCUGUCAUCAUGCGUAUCCGUGAGCCCAAGACCACCGCCUUGAUCUUUGCCUCGGGCAAGAUGGUCGUGACCGGAGCGAAGUCAGAGGACGAUUCGAAGCUUGCAUCACGAAAGUAUGCUCGCAUCAUUCAAAAGCUCGGCUUCAACGCGAAGUUCACGGACUUCAAGAUCCAGAACAUCGUCGGCUCCUGUGACAUCAAGUUCCCCAUCCGCCUGGAGGGUCUUGCGUCUCGCCACCACAACUUCAGCUCGUACGAGCCCGAGCUGUUCCCUGGCUUGAUCUAUCGGAUGAUCAAACCUAAGAUCGUCCUCCUGAUCUUCGUCAGUGGGAAGAUCGUCCUGACCGGUGCGAAAGUCCGAGAAGAGAUCUACCAGGCCUUUGAGAUGAUCUACCCUGUGCUUCAAGACUUCAAGAAGGUCUGAUCGGGGCCCCGCCCAGAUCUGCAUCAGCGGUACGAUCACUCAACCCGACUACCGUUCGGUGUACCAACAACCCC